UAUCUGACAAUGAAGGGAAGGGCUGACUUACAGUCUUCCCCCAAGUUAUCCGAGGAAGAGGAUGAUUACGAGACCAUAAGUUCUUCCACUCUGCAGGCCAUCCAUGCUUUAAGAAUUCUUCCUGCCAAACCUCUUCAAGAAUCUGAAUAUGCAGAUAAACGUUGUUUAAGGCCUUCAGGUUCCACUUCCCCAAUGAGCGAGCACCCAUCUCAGCCCCCUCAACACUCAACUAUUCACACAUCUGUUCCGGAGGGGCAGAGAGUGCCAUGUGUUAGAGGGGGAAGAAUGAAAAUACAGGGACACCAGGAACCUGUGCCUCCCCCACGGCCUCCAAACACACUGCCAAAGCAGUAUCAGCCACUUCCUCCAGAGCCAAGGAUAAGCAGCCAAUUCUUUCACAAGAGGAACACGCUCAGCCAAGCUCCCACCUUUCCAAUAUCAGCAAAAGUCUCAAGACAUUUAUCUGUUAAAGAACUAAAUGAAGCACCUGGAAGAGAGCAAGUUACAAGUUUGGGGAAGAAACCUGAAGUAUCUUUUCAAGCACAACAGCAUCAUCCUGAAGUCAGCCCUCAAUGUACAUGGAGCCCUAAAACCAAUUGCAGCUCAGGUUCCACGCUAAAUGUAGAGAACUUGACAGUGAAGAGGUCACCAUCUCCUACACCACACACAGUAUGCAAAAAUAAAUCAAAAUAUUCACUUGUAGAACAGGAAAUGCAAUUUCUUACCCAACCCACUGAAGAGGAUUUAAACAAAUGUGAAUGGUACGUUGGAGAAUACGAUCGCCAUGAAGCAGAGAAGGCACUGCUACAGGAAAGCAUUGAUGAGACAUUCUUGGUUAGAGAUUGUUCAAAGAAAUCAAAGGCUGAACCAUAUGUUUUGGUUGUUUAUUAUGGAAGAAGAGUAUACAACAUUAAAGUACGUUUUCUGGAAGAAAGCCAACAAUAUGCACUGGGAACAGGUCUCAGAGGAGAUGGUAAAUUUAAUUCUGUGGAAGAGAUCAUUGAAUUCUACAAACAUGUUCCCAUAAAACUCAUUGACGGAAAGGAUCAGUCAGGAACUCACAGAGAACAAUGCUACCUCACACAUCCAUUCAAGUCACGCAGAUGUUUUCUGCCUUAACAUCGCAGAUUCAUUUGUACAGAUGUAAACAGAACAGUUAUUUAAAUGUCUCAAAAAUCAGAUUAGCCUUUUGAGCGAGGAGCUCCCCAUAAUACGUAGCAUUCUACAGAUCUACUCCAUUUUUGGAUUGUUGCAAUCUAACUUUGAGGAUACAGGUAAAGUGUAUGUCAACGUAUUAAUUCACAGAGAAGUGCUGAAACCAACUCCUGGUAUCCUGACAACGAUGGACCAAUUUGCUUAUCUUGCACUUUACCUUCUACCGUAAGAUGGAAACCAAACUCACCCUUGCUCAUUUAAAUGUCAUGGAAACUCCACUAAGUAGCAAAAGCUAAUAAAGCAUAUCACAGUCAUAUAAAAAAAAAUAUUCUUAUUUUUAAAAAUACACAUGAAAUGCUACAUGCCAGAGCUCUCACUGUCUAACAAUUUCAUGUGGUGUGCGUAUGUUUGCUCAACAACAAGCUGUGCUCAGCCAGCACUGAAGGCAGCGAGUGUUAGCUGCUGCUCAUAGGUAUUGGAGCAGAUUAUAAAGAUGGUUAAGUAAUAGAAUUUACAUAAUUACAGCUAACACUUACUCUUUAACUUGCGUAGCAGAUACUUGUAUUCCAUCCCUGAGCCUUCAAACACUUACAUAAGUAGAACAAUUACGCAGUCACUUUGGAUUCAUACUAUGUGCAAAUAUAGAGAUAAAAAUCAAUAGGAACAGUAGAUGUGCUUCAAACUCAGCAAGAAAACAUGCUCCAGUGUGUAUCAAAGAACAUGAGAAUGUGAUUUUUUUCCAGCAAAAAAAUAGCGUAAUACUUAUUCCUACAAUCUGAGUUUUGGAAGCCCUAACUAAAUUCCAUAUGUAUAUGAAAGGCAAACUUCAGAUUUUUUUUCUGCAUAGCAUCCAUAGUCUUCCUUUCUAAGCACACUCAGAAAGUUUGGCUAGGUAAUUGGAAUAUACAAAAAAGUAACCUCAGUUACUUUAUCCUUAAGAAUAGGAACAAGAAUAAAAACACUCAGGCCCAAAACCACAACAUUCCAACCCAAUUUAUGACGUAGUAGGUGGCACAAACCAGCUCUAAAAAAAUUUAGGUUGUUAUUUUUUUGACACAUUUUUAUUUCUCGAUUCUGCAUCAAAAUGCAAGAGAACAUUCACUGUAAUUAUUUCUCUCAAGCUGAUGAACCUGUUAAAAUCAAAGGAAAUUACUCUGACAUAACAUUUUCUAAUAAGAAUAAAAUUAACAAAACAGAAGCUGCUAAAAGUAGAGUUUAGCAGAGCUCAUAAAAAGAAAAAGAAACAUGAUGUAACCUGCUUUAAGAAUUUCAUAGCCACAAUACAAUUUAACUUACAAAAGACUUCCAUGUUAAAAAACAAAACAAAAUUCCUAAUUAAGAACCAUAAAACCCCCACAUCUCAACAAUUCAGAUAGCAGGUUAUGGCAGUGACAUAUCAAGUUUUGCAGAUUUUUACUCAAGUAAACAGUAAACUUGCUUACAGACGAAGACAAGCAUUACUUGUAUACUUAAUCCACCCAGAGCUUUUAAAGCUGAGCAGCAACACCUCCCCCACCGCUCCCCAGUACAACUUUCACAAGCAAUGUUUUAAUUUCGCCAGUGACAACUCUUACAAAGCAAAUUCAAAACUAUUUAUUUAGUAGCUUCUACAGAAACAAAAUUAAUUCAAACAGUAACCUGGACUGAAGGAGUUUGUGGGGUUUUUUAUGUUAACCAUUUCAGUAUUUAUUGUACAUGAUAUGCCAGAAUUUUAAAAUGGAAACUAUUCUCACUAUUGAAAAUGCAAAGAGCACUGUUAGGUUUGGCAUCAAAGUAUAUGAAGUGAAAAAAAAACCCUCUAGUGUACCCAUCUAAAAAAAUAUAAUUCCAUUUGAAUACAAAAUGAGAACUGUCAUUUCCUUAUUAUUGACAAAACAGGCAAAACAAAGUUUGUUCUGUGGAAUAGGUUAGUCUGAUACAAAUGAUACAAAAAUUUUCAAUGUGUACAUGACAAAAAAGAUCUGACUUAAAGCACCAACUGUCUGAAGGAUUUUAACACUGUAUUGCAAAAUUAUGGGAAAGCAAUAAGUGGUUUUGAAAAUAAACCUCAGUCAAAUGUAGUUUUAAAAUAUUUACAUUUCAAUGCAGACAUGACAAAUACUUUAUCAAAACAAUGUAUAAUCUGCUGGAGUAUAUAAAAAAAAUAUUCCCAGCUUAAACUGUUUACAAAAAUGCACCAACAGUGGAAAGAGUCAGGGACUACCAGUUUUUCAAGAGAAGUCCCAGUUCAAACAUAGAACACACAUCCAGCAUUAGAGUCAGUAUUGAUUUUCUUAUCCCUAAAACUGUAAGAAGUUAUUUUAAUUGUAUGUGCUUCAAUAUAUUUCAUUCUAUAUGAUUCUAAAUUUAUUUAAAAUUGACAAGAUGAAGAGAAACAUCUAUAGUACACGUCCAGAAACAGUAGACUUCAGUGUCAUUCUUCCCUCUUCUUUACUAAAACUUGAAAUUUGGCCCUGAUUUAGAAAUUUAAGAAACUGAGCAAUGUUCACACUGUACUGAAGUCAGUAGGUACAUGUUAGACAUAAUCUAUAACUAGGCACAUGCUUGUAUGAAUUUGAGGCUUACAAAAAAUAUAUUCUAACAUCUAAAUUCUUAAGAAUGAUGAAAGAUUGCACUGAAAAUCUGAUUCAACACUGUCAAAAUAAAACUGUGCAACGUGG